CCAUUUUCGUGAAGAAGAUUGAAGAAUAAAGCUAAAAAGAAUAAAGAAUCAAACAUGCAUGUUUAACAGGACAUAAACAAAAGAAAAUGGAAUAUAUACCAAUCAAAACUUGCUUUGCGAUGUAUACUAUAGAGACUAUAUAUAGUUCAAAUCCUUAACGUUGAUCCUUCUACACAUAUACGCAUACACUAAUGAAGAGUCUUCAUCGAACGAGUAAUUUAGUUAUACGUACAGAACAUUCAGGUUGGGUAAGGUGUAUCAUGCAAUCCUACCCAAAACGACCUCUAUAAAGACCUGAAGAUAAUAGCUAGAGUAUAAAAGAAGAACAGAAAAACAUAUACGGAAACACACACAAGUAAUCAAGAAAUGGGAAUAAAAUGUUCGAUCUUCUCAAAGCCAAAGCCACAGAACAACGAAGCAAUACUAAAAGAUGCAAACUCUCCUCCUCUUUCACUUGAUACGACGUCAUCUCCUCAGCUAAAAGAUGAUGUUUCCUUGAAUCACAAGACAGAGAACUUGAUAGAGGACGAUGAGGGCAAAUCAAAGAAAAACAGUUUCAUGUUGUACGCGAGAGAUCUCUCAAUAACAUGGGCAGGGCCUCAGUCAAAUAAAUUUUGGAGUUGGUUCUCUGAUCCUGACCAAACAUCAAGUGAUGUAAGAAUUGAGGUCGCAAAAACGGAACGAGUAGCUUGGUUAGAAGUGGUCGGAAAAUUCGAGACUGAGAAACUAACUCCCAACAGUUUGUACGAGGUUGUGUUUGUGGUUAAGCUAAUAGAUUCUGCAAAAGGAUGGGGAUAUCGGGUUAACUUCAAACUGGUUCUGCCUACCGGAGAAACCAAAGAGAGGCGAGAAAAUUUGAAUAUGUUAGAGAGGAACCGGUGAGUGGAGAUUCCGGCCGGUGAGUUCAGGACAUCGCCAGAACAUCUCUCCGGAAAGAUUGAGUUUUCGAUGUUUGAGGUUCAAAGUGGACAGUGGAAGUCUGGUUUGAUUGUGCAAGGUGUUGCUAUCAAACCCAAGAAUUGAAAAUUCCAGACUUGUAAGCUUAAAACAAUUAAAAGAACACGAAAUGAAUUGUUAUGAUUUAUGUA